CACAAAAGAGACAGGCGGCUGGUGGUGGUCGCCUUUCCUCGCUCCUUUUCCCUCUGCUGAACAGUAGUCCUUCUGCUCAUCGUUGGACGUCUUGGCAUCCGAUCUCGGAGGUAUUUGGCUUUGUUGUGUUCAGGGCCAAUGACGAAUUCAUUACGUGGGCGCGAAGGCAUCAGCACGGUCAGCACGGCCGGUACCGUUCGCUCCUACUCUUUCCAGUCUAUCAUCUGCAUCUGUCAUGACUUUCUGACUGCCGUUUUCACCGCCAUCUGCUCCUUUCUUCGACCACGAACACAGUUACGACCCCCUCAAAACUAUCGUGAGGCCGCAAUGUUGAAACGGGGCAUGUUUAGCGGCCUGGCGGCCUGGUAUGAGAAAGUGGCGGCCUUCAACAUCGAAACUCUUUUCGUGAAGAAGAAGACGCCUGGACCGAAGCGGACCGUGUUUGUCAAUGAGAGCCUACCGGAAGACUAUUAUGAUAAGAAGGGGCGGAUAAAGGGGGAGCAUGUUUAUGCAUCGAACCAGGUCAUCACUUCGAAGUAUAAUGUUGUUACCUUUCUACCGCGAAAUUUGCUUGAGCAGUUCAGGCGAGUAGCGAAUGUUUUCUUCCUUGGAAUUGCCAUCCUGCAAUUUUUUCCCAAGUUCUCCACCAUUUCCCCUGGCCUCGUUAUUCUUCCUCUUCUCAUCGUUCUCGGGAUUACCGCUAUAAAGGAUGCUUACGAGGACAUCAAGCGCCACCAAUCCGAUGGCCGCGUAAACCGCGGCACUGUUCGCGUUCUCGCUGGAGGUGAUUGGCAUAAUGCCAACAUUACCGGCAACAAGACUCGUGAUUUCACCCACCAUGUAAACCGCUUCCUUAUCCCUGAAAAGUUCAGGAAAACGGCACCGCCCACUCCACUUGCGGAAAAGGUCGAAGGGAAGGAAGGUCUAGAGUCCUCAACCCCAGUUUCGCCGGUCUUACCGCCACCUGAUAUCGAGUUUGACGAUGGCACCGAUCACCCUCGUCACCGCCUCCAUCUCUUCGGCCAUCAAACUUACAAUAACCCUCAUUGGAAGAAGGCGCUUUGGGAAGAUGUUUGUGUCGGUGAUUUUGUGAAAAUCUUAGACAACGAGCCCUUACCCGCCGACAUUCUCAUAUGCGCGACAUCCGAGGACGAGAAUGUCGCGUUUGUCGAGACCAAGAACUUGGAUGGAGAAACCAAUCUCAAAUCGCGGAAUGCCGUUCCAUCUCUGACACAUUUGAGGACGGCUAAAGCAUGCACGGAGAGCAAGUUCGCCGUCAAUUUGGACCGUCCGGACAACAAUAUGUUCCGUUUAAAUUCCACGAUAAGCGCAGAUGGUGAACAGGCUCCGGCGGAUAUCCAGAUGACGCUUUUGAGAGGAACGGUCCUGAGGAACACUGGCUGGGUUAUUGGGCUCGUUAUAUUCACGGGAGAGGACACAAAGAUCAUACAGAACUCAGGCGGAACGCCCAGCAAGAGGAGCAAGGUGGAAAGGCAAAUGAACCCCCAAGUAUUUAUCAAUCUGAUAAUACUUGCAUGCAUGGCCAUUGCCUGUGCUAUCGCUGAUUCUGUCUUGGAACAUCAAAUGUAUCCUGAAGGUGCGCCAUGGCUCUACGAUGACAACCGAGGUGGCGAUAACCCUUCCAUCAACGGUCUCGUCACUUGGGCUUUCGCUCUUAUCACGUUCCAAAACAUCGUUCCCAUUUCACUGUACAUUUCCAUCGAAUUCGUCAGGACAUGCCAAGCAGCCUUCAUAUACUUCGACUACGAAAUCUGGUACCCAAAGACAAACCAACCCACUCUCGCUCGGACGUGGAACUUGUCUGACGAUCUUGGACAGAUAGAAUACAUAUUUUCAGAUAAGACAGGGACUUUAACUCAGAACUCUAUGAUAUUUCGACAAUGUUCGAUCGGUGGUAAAGUGUACGUUGGUCAGGUGUACGCUGGUGACAUCCAUGAAGCAACUCCGCCGGCAUCGCAGGCUGCCAUCUCGGCAGAUGAUCAUGCCGCCGGCGCCAGCGCUGAAGGAUCUUCAGCAACUAUUACCGAGCCGACUCCCGGAACAGAAAUGACUGCAGAAACACACUUUCACUGUGAAUCACUGGAGAGAGACAUCGCUGCUGCUCUGCAGUCAAGCUCGACGUCGGGAAAUGCUGCUCAUGCACGGGCUUUGAACGGCUUCUUCUCGGUUCUGGCCUUGUGUCAUACUGUCCUUACCUCCAUCAAUCCCGAAACACGAAAGAUCGAAUACAAGGCACAAAGUCCGGAUGAAGCGGCGCUGGUACGUGCAGCGGCGGAUCUUGGAUAUGUUUUCCGCGGCCGUGACAGGGAGAUUCUGACCUUGCAAACGCCCUUGUCCACCGGCCCGGACGACGUCGAACGCUAUGAGCUCCUCAAUAUACUCGAGUUCACCAGUGCCAGGAAGAGGAUGAGUGUGGUGCUGAGGAAACUGGACGAUGCAGACGGCAGACUGUUCCUAUUGAUGAAAGGGGCUGAUAAUGUCGUCUUUGAGCGACUACGGAAAAGUGGAGAUGAGAGUUUGCGAGAGUUGACCGAGACGCAUCUGAGCGAGUUUGCCAAUGGAGGAUUGAGGACAUUGACUCUUGCAUACAAAGUCAUCAACGAGGACGAAUAUGCUGCUUGGAGCGAACGUUAUCAUGAGGCUACCGUAGCACUCGAUAACCGGGAGGCCCGUAUUGAAAUGGUUUCGGACGAGCUGGAACAUGAUUUACGAUUGUUGGGUGCUACAGCUAUCGAAGAUAGUCUGCAGGACGGGGUACCGGAAACUAUUGCUGAUCUUAAACGUGCCGGUAUCAAGGUAUGGGUAGCGACUGGCGACAAGUUAGAAACAGCUAUUGCCAUCGGACACAGUACCAACCUAAUCGGUCGAGAGUCCAACAUCAUUGUUAUUAGGGGCGGAAAUCAUCAUUCAAGGCCUGUCUAUCAGCAGAUGGUUCAUGCGGUAGAGGAGUUUUUCCCCGAAAGUGGCAUUCUUGACGAAGGAGAAAGCUUUGUGAAAGAACAGCAGUUGGCAUCUGUCUCUUCUAGGGACGAUAAUGCAUUGCGGAGGGUCGAGACUGGAAUAUCUUCGAUUGUAGGAGCAAACAAUGGCGAUCGCCCUGGCGGAUUUGUUCUGGUCAUCGAUGGCACGGCGCUGGACUACGCUUUGGGUGAUGAAGAACACAAAAACUUACUCCUGCGGCUCGCAAUGCUCUGCGAAGGUGUGAUCUGCUGUCGUGUAUCCCCUCUGCAAAAAGCCUUGAUCGUCAGGCUGGUCAAGGAUGGCCUCGGUGCUAUGACUUUGGCUAUCGGAGAUGGCGCGAACGACGUUAGCAUGAUCCAGGCGGCUGAUGUUGGUGUUGGGAUUUCUGGUGAAGAAGGGUUGCAGGCAGUGAACUCGUCGGACUAUGCUAUAGCGCAGUUCCGAUUCCUUAAACGGUUGCUUUUUGUUCAUGGGCAUUGGUCAUAUGCUCGCAAUGGAAACAUGAUUCUGAAUUUCUUCUACAAGAACAUUGUUUGUAUUGGCGUUCUUUGGUGGUUCCAAAUUUAUUGCGGUUGGAGCUCUAACUAUGUAUUUGAAUAUACAUAUCUCCUGUUCUGGAAUUCUUUCUGGACUCUUGCGCCUGUUAUUGCCAUUGGUAUUUUCGAUAGAUUAAUAGACGCGGAUGUCUUGAUGGCUAUCCCCGAGUUGUAUCGUUACGGACGUGAAGGGAAAUGGUUCGGUCUCAAGUGGUUUACUGUCUAUAUGUUCGACGGUGUAUAUCAGUCUGCCAUCAUAUUUUUCAUCAUUCUCUACGGUUACUUUUCCCCUACUUCACGAACUGAUGGCUACGACCAACAUCUUCAGGAAUUCUCAACCACCAUGGUGUUCUCUGCCGUCAUUGUUGCCAACCUUUUCAACGGUUUGAAUACUAAUGUCUGGACCGGUUGGGUAUUCUUCGCUGUCUUCAUUGGUAUUAUUCUUCUGUGGUUGUACACGGUCGUUUAUAACGCCAUCUCCCCUGGAUGGUUCGUAACUCUUGUCUAUGGUAACAACACCUUCCUCUUCAGGUCUGCACUCUUUUGGCUCGCGCUUCCAAUUACCGUAUGCGUUUCGUUGGCGCCGCGGUACAUCGCGAAAGCAUGGAAGUUCGGAUUCGCACCUGACGACAUUGACAUCCUGCGGUACAUACGAAAGAUCGACCCGGGCCGAGAUUUGUACAGUGUACAUCAGGAGGAUGGUAUUGGCCUGAAAGCCAUGAAGAGACCGCUUGAAGGGGAUGACGCUCUUUCGAGACGGACGUCUCGGUCGAGUUACGCCUCCAUGACUGCUGGACCGUCGAGGCCUGGAGUGCAUUCAGGCGCGGACAUUCGGUUGGCCAGUCGGACAGAUAUGUCGACUGGUAUACGGUCGGUGCAUCGUGGAUUCGAUUUUGCCACUGAGGAAGGAGGAGUGGCUAUGAGCAGGAUGCAGAGCCAUUUAUCGGAGAGGAGGACGAGUAGUCGCAACCUUACUGAAUUUUCUCGGACGGCUAGUCGGCAUAAGUCAGGCAAGAAGAGCGCGGACGGGAAGAGGAGUUCUGAUGGUCCACAUCAUGGCUUCUCAAUACGGAGGGGGCUACGAAAGCUUAGGCCUGGUACGUCGGGGUCCGAAAACCCCUCAUAGUAUCUUUGUUUUAGUUCCACGAGUUCACGACACUACCCCAUCAUUCAUUUCUCAUUUAUUGCAUUUUUUUUCACGAUUCAUCUAAUAGUAUGCUUUUAUUGUGUACAUCUGUAUCUCUCACUUUCACCAUAACGCCUAGCUAUUAAAGUACCAUCCAUACUGCUAUUUUUUUGCAACACGAUGACGA